AUGGAGAAGCAGGCAUUGUUGUCCAUGCUUCAGGACCUUGCUCCUUCGGAGCUGUUCGAAGGCGUUGAAAGCGCGCAAAGCGCAAAGGAACUCCUCCCACUUCUGGACGCAGAACUGCAGCGGUGCACCAACCGUAUGCAGCGCAUUCAGCAGUAUCGCAAUAAGCUAUCCUCGCCCAUGUAUACCUUACUACCCGAGUUAUUGUCCAAGAUCUUCGUCAUCUACGCUCAAGAUCAGCUUGAGCUAUUUAACUUGCGCUGGACGAAGCUGCUGCUCGUAUGCAGACGGUGGUAUGAUGUCGGCGUAUCGACUCCCAAGCUCUGGAGCUACAUCAGCCUUGUCGACCCCUCAGCGACAGCCUUUCACUUUUCCGGCAACGCCCAACUUCCGGAUGCGCGCCUCGCUAAACGUAUCGAGGCUCAACUCGCUCGUGCGGGUACUGCCCCGCUCACCAUCAAGACAGGCGCAUUGGGACGUAGAUCGGACGCCUCUGAGUCCAUGAAGCCCUAUAGAUCUGUCUUCUGGAAUGCUGGCUCGCUCGCCUCAUUGUCUUUAUCCGGAGAUAAGACCAAUGUCACCGCUACUUUGAACGAGAUGGCUCGUCAUCGCCAUCCCGUCUUGAAGGAGAUCUCGAUUGUUUACGAGGGGAUUCGUUUUCACAUUGGGACUGGUCCUCUCCCAACGACACCACACCUGCCUAGCAACACGCCUAUCCCCCUUCCCGAUAAUCUACUGGGAGACAAUUCUCCCAAACUCUCUACGAUCUCCAUCAGUGGAGUAACGCUCAAUUGGGCAUUGGUCCAGAACCUUCGCGCUCUGCACGCCACCUUCGAUGACAAUACCACUCCCGCCACCUCUCUUGACAAUAUCGCCGAUGCCCUUGCUCGCUGCCCGCGCCUUGAGGACCUUCAGAUGAUGUUACCCACCUCCUUCCUCCCCAACGGCGCCGAGACAUUAGCCUCUAUACCGCUCAGAAGCCUGCGUAAGGCAACGAUCAGGGCAAACUCUGACAUAUGUGCCGCUCUCUUCCAAGCAUUCACAGACAUGCCUUGCAGGGCGCGCAUCUCUCUGCUUUCCGCCACCACAUCGACUCCGCAGCAAAUCUCUCGUCUGUCGUCUCUGCUCGGCACCCAUGGCCGCAUUGACGGGGCUCCUACCAUCCGAGUCGUGAGCAUAGCCCAGGGAGCAGUCUUCGCGAAUGGCAUAGGAAUGACCAUCGCUAUCAAUGGCAACGUGCAAGGAGGUGAUCUGCGCUCCACCCAGCUUUGCGUAGCAGCCCGCACCUACCUGGAUCGCCAACGCCAUUUCGACAUGCCAUUCGCAAUGACCCCGACGGGAUCGAUACGCAUGUGCCUCACCGCUAUUCCGAAUAACGACACGCAGCCGGAGAAUGUGCUCGCGGACAUACUGCAAUCAUGGCCUCUUGCAAGUGCCACUUGCCUUGACAUACGCUCUUGCCGUUCAGUCCCAAUCGAGAUCUGGCGCGCACUUUUCGAUAACGCGCCGGGUGUUACGACAGUCAUUCUGCGCCCUGAAGCGGCCGCUCUUCUCACGCUGAUGGACUUCCUGACGACGGCUUUGCGCGAGGACGGGCGGCGUAUCGUCAAGAACAUUAUCCUUGACAUGGGCGAGGUUAGCUUUGGGCACAUGUCGUCCCUCUUCGGCGGUGGUGGAGUGCUACAAGAGACGCCCAACGUCCGAGCACGAGUAUGCCUCAUGCGACUACUCCAGUACUGCACGAAUGCCGCUCAGGCUGGUGUGCCGCUUGAUACCAUCGAGCUCGUGAACGACAAUGUCCACCAGCAGGGAGACAGGAUGAUCCAGACCGUGCCGGAGACCGACUGGUCCGAGUUGUACCGCGAUUUGGGUGAGGGGUUCGUCUACGAGGGUUUUCUACGCAAUGUAUCGACGGGGCCCGAAGGAGCGAGGAAGGAUUCCUUUGUAGGCUCGAAGACGAGUGCUCACAAUGAAGUACACCGAUAUGCGCGCCGCUACAUAUUCUAG